UCGAUUGGUCUUGUAGUCCGACCAGACAUCCUCUGCUCUUCCCCCGCAACUUUGCCCGACGUUACAUCGGCUGGAAUUUGUCUUUACGGUCCGUAUAUGCAGAUUCUUCUCAUUGGCACUCAACUCCUGACUGGUGUCUACGGUCUUUCAAAAGACAAUGAAGACACAUUAAGUCAGGCUGAAGAAGAAAGUCUCUUCGCCCAGUUCCUCGAGGCCAUUGACUGUCUGGGUAUAGGGUCUACCGAAUCCACGAACUUACUUGUUUCUUCUUCAAGCAUCUCUUCCAGCAAUGGCCGGACAACCCUGAUAACUAGUGGUCCACUAGUCUUUCCACCAUAUCCAUCACCUCCUGUUUCGCCUCAAUUUUCAGCUGCCGCAGACUCCGCUUCUUUGACGAAUUCCUCCGAUAUUGUCGCCAUUCCUAACUCAUCCGUUACCGUUUAUGAGGACAAGUGUGAUACGGAUUCCGCUGAUCUACCACAUUUAGCUGGUUUUCUUAUCCACACUGCGAAUAUAUAUGAAGCUUUUAGUUUGGCGGUUAUCUUAUCUUCAAUGCUAGCUUGCUUUCUUAGACCUCGCAGGUUGGUUGCCUUUUAUUAUUAUUGA